ACGAUUCGCGAACUCGGGCUUCCUUUUUAUUUUUUUCCUUUCUUCGCUCGUCUCGGUUGUUUGUUUUCUCUGCCGCUGAGAAAAUGGAGAAAGAUCGCUUCUGCAAAUUCUAUUACUGAUCUGGAUUGUCAACUAAGGAGAAGAGACCCGCGGAUAAGAAAUUGUCAACUAUGGAGAAACAAAAAGUAGAAGGUAUAGAAGAGACUUUUUGUCUUGGCCUAUCCCGAUUUCUUCAAACAUGGCAAUAUUGGUGCUCUUGUGAGCUUCUUUGAGGAAAAUAAAUUUCACUUGAAAGGUAUGAUGCUUAUGAAUGUGAGUGAGAAAUUCAUUGAAAAGCACCUCCAAAAUGUUGGAGAGGAACAUGGAGGGGAACCUGAUGAUGAACUUUCUUGUUUUAAUUGGGUGUAUUACUUAAUCUCUGGUCCUGUUGUUGCUAUGAUACUGGAGGGACAUGAAGCAGCCAAUAAAAUUAAGUUAUUGGCAUCGAAGCGUGAGAACGUUUUCUUUUGGAGUUUUGGCAGGGGAGGGGGAAUACAUGGCCCAUUGGAUAGAAUCUAUAAGACAUUAGAGAAUGAUUCCUACUAUCGAGUGUUUGCUGGAAAACCCAUAGAUCUUCAUGCCUGUUUUUUGAAGGGACCCAUGUCCUUUCUGGUGAUCAAGCCCAAGGCUUUUGGUAAGGACUGUGUUGGCGAAAUUCUGAGUGCUGUUGAGGAUAACAGUUACAUAGUCAAAGGUUUAAAGCUCGUGAAAAAGUCCGAGCAUCCUGACAGCAUUGUAUGGUCUGAUUCUUCUGCAUCGACUAAAACUGAUGGAGAUGAUGAGUAUGGUAUUGCUAUGGUUGUUACUUGUCUUUCCUCAAAUUUCGAAUUACGUGACAAAGCACCAGAUCUCAAGCAUAUCGAUCUUAGUUCAGAAGUAUAUCUAGUUGGCAGUAAUUACGUCUACCAAAGCAAGCCGGAUGAAAUGAGGAGUGAUGUAGACUUAUUUUUUCCUCACGGUCUGACCAUUUGGACUGAUCCUGAAAGCCAGUACCUAUUUGGCAAGAUGUUCGAGCCAACUUUAAUUGGUUUAGAUUGGGAGGAUUAAGUUACAUGUCAUGUGUUUUCCUGUUUGGAAGUUGCUAACAGUUUCCAAUUCCGUGGUUGUAAAACUUUAUACUCUUUUAUCCUUUAAUAUGAUGAACUUAAAGUUACAUUUUCUUUC